ACCAUCAGGAUGUCCUUGACGUCACACGGAAGUAAACAAUCCCCAGCUGACGUGGAGCAACAGUCCCUCACACCCGACAGGACGGACUGGGUGAACUGGAGCUGAAUUCUCUGAGUUAGGGAGACGUGUGUCGCCUCUGUGGACCACUUGUUGUAUCAUUUAUUAAAUGGACUCCGCUGCUGUCAUCUAAACUCCCGGAACAACCAGCGGCCCUCGUGAAACUCCUCGCUCUGAAGUAAAAUGGCGGCAGUGGAAGAGGCCAGCAGACCGUUCGCCGGGCUGUCAGAUGUCUCUAUCUCGGAGGACAUCCCCGUGGAGGGGGACAUCUCUGUGCCCAUGAGCUCCUCCAGGCGGGACGAUGAGUUCUCCACCUUAGACGAGCCGGUGAAGGAGACCAUUCUGCGAGACCUGAGGGCCGUGGGGAACAAGUUCAUCCACGUCCUCUACCCGAAGAGGAGCUCGGCUCUGCUGCGGGACUGGGACCUGUGGGGCCCGCUGCUGCUCUGCGUGACGCUGGCUCUGCUGCUGCAGGGCGGCGCGGCGGACAGCGAUGACCAGGGGGGACCGCAGUUCGCUGAGGUCUUCGUCAUCAUCUGGUUCGGCUCCAUCAUCAUCACUCUCAACUCCAAGCUGCUCGGCGGCACCAUCUCCUUCUUCCAGAGCCUGUGUGUGCUGGGUUACUGCAUCAUGCCUCUGACGGCGGCCAUGGCGGUGUGCAGGAUCGUCCUGGUGGGCGGCUCGGGGACGGUCAGCUUCGCCGUGCGGCUUGUGGUGGUGACGGCGUCCUUCGGGUGGUCCACCUUCGCCUCCACGGCUUUCCUCGCCGACAGCCAGCCGCCCAACCGCAAGGCUCUGGUGGUGUACCCGGUGUUCCUCUUCUACUUCGUGAUCGGGUGGAUGAUCCUGACGUUCUCACCGUCGCAGUAGAAGAGAACCUAAAGGGAUGGAUGUGAAGUGACAAACACGAGGGAGGUUUUUGUGGAGCGAAAGAACUCAAACAAACACCGGUAUCUGCCUUUGAAUGAAGAUAAGUGACUACUGAAAUGACUGUAAGAGUUUCUGGGCGUCUGAUGUUGUAAUAAGACUCAAUAGACUCUAAAUGACUCCUUCAGGUGAAGCAAUGGCUUCCCCUCAGGUCUAGAGCAGACCUGGGGACAGUUUGCUGCAGAUGGAGAGUUAUAAAGCUGAGGAUAUGUUCAUAUUUUUCAGUUUGUCUCACAGAUAAGUUUACGAGCGGUGUAUAAAUAAAGUCUAGAGGCUUGUACAUAGAAGUGCUUUAUGAAUGUCCUAACUAAUACAGAUGUGAUAAUUACUAUUU